AUGGCAGCGGCGGGCUCACCGGCCCCUGACAACAUCGGCGGCGGCCCGAGCAGUGGCAGCAGGCCCAGUUUGACGCCAGGCAGCGCAGCUGGGGCCAAGGGUGGCCCUGACAUGAUGGCAACUGUAGACCUGCUGGAGCAGGUCUCAGGGUCGACGGCGCUGUCAUACCUGGACCGCUUCAAGGCACCAAAAUGGCUGUUCCGCACAGUGGCAUGCCUUGUGCUGGGGGGCCAGGUCAUGGCACGCAUAUUCAAGGGCAAAAUUCACCUGCGCAACACCCGUGACCAGCUGGUGUUGGUUGGGCCCAAGUCGCUGGGCGUGGCGCUCCUGACUGCGGGGUUUGUGGGCAUGGUCUUCACAAUCCAGUUUGUGCGGGAGUUUGCCAAGCUGGGGCUGACGCGCAGUGUGGGUGGUGUGCUGGCUCUGGCGCUUGCCAGAGAGCUGACUCCUGUGGUGACCUCUAUCAUCCUGGCGGGACGCGUCGGCAGCGCGUUUGCUGCUGAGCUUGGCACCAUGCAGGCAAGUUCCUGCCAUGAGGUGGUUUCAGAGCAGGUGGACUCCCUGCGUGUGCUGGCCACUGAUCCGGUGGAUUACCUCGUGACGCCGCGGGUCCUGGCCUCCAUGCUGGCAGGACCCAUCCUUAACGUCCUCUGCUUUUGCAUGGGCAUUGGCGCGAGUGUGCUGCUGGCUGACCUGGUGUACAAUGUGCCGGCCAACGUGAUCCUUGACAGCGCGAGACGCGCCCUCACUGGCUACGAUGUCAUCACCUCCAUGAUCAAGGCCUGGGCCUUCAGCACCGCUAUAUCAGUGAUCAGCUGUGCGUGGGGUUUCACAACGUCAGGUGGCGCCAAGGGCGUGGGCGAGUCCACCACCAGUGCAGUAGUCAUCUCGCUUGUGACUAUCUUUGUGCUUGACUUUGUGCUCAGCUACGCCUUUUUCCAGGGCCAGGGUGAUGCCCUCAAGCAGCUGCGGUAG